UUCCCACAUCCUUACCAACACUUGUUUCUGGUGUUCUUGAUUUUAGUCCUUCCAACAGGUGUGAGGUGAUGUCUCAUUGUGGUUUUGAUUUGCAUUUCCCUGAUGAUGAGUGAUGUUGAGCAUCUUUUUAUGUAUCUGUUGAUCAUCUGUAUAUCUUUGGAAAAAUAUCUCUUCAGCUCCUCUGCCCAUUUUAUUUUAUUAAGAUUUUAUUUUUAAGUAAUCUCUACACCCAGUGUGGUGCUCGAACUUACAACCCCGAGAUCAAUAGUUGCACACUCCACCAACUGAACCAGGCAGGCAUCCUCUGCCCAUUUUUAAAUCAGAUUGUUUGUUUGUUUUGGACUGUUUGAGGGUAUUUUUUGGUGUUGACCUGUGUGAGUUCUUUAUAUUUUUUGGAUAUUAACCCCUUAUCAGAUAUAUCAUUUGUAAAUAUUUUCUCCUAUAGUUACUCUUAAUUAAAAAAAAAACAACAAGAUACAAUUUCUAUUGGCUUAGUAGAUAUUUUCCAACUUGGAGAAAAUAACACAUUUGGUGGAAAUAAAGUUCACCCAUAUGUGAUCAUUUGUGGGGUGUUACAUAAAAUGGAAUGUUAUCUAUCUGUGGUUAUAUUUGCCCUUAUUUAUCUUCCAGUCUGCACUUCCUGAGGAGGGAACAUCAUGAAUGCAUACAUCUACACAGUCCCAGGAUGGAGAGAAGAACAUGGUGGCCAGCGUUCAUGACCUUUGGGUUCGCUUCCCCGUCACACUCUCUGUGGUCUGAGGAUUGUUUCCAAAAAUGGAGGAGGUAGGAAGGCCUCCCAAUUAAACAAGUAAGAUAAGGAAAUAUCAAGUUCUAUACCACUAGGCAAAUUACUACUUAAUUUUGAGUAUUUAUAAACAUAAUAUAACCAUUUCCUUGACUGAAAUUUUGUAUUAACAUCUCAUUAUUUGUACUAAUUUUAAUAACAAAGAAAGCUAAGGGUAGUACCAUGUUUUCUGUCAGGCAGAGGUAAAACAAGACAAGGUUUUUAGAAUUUGUAGCUGCCUUGCUUAGCACAUAAAUUGGAAAGCCAAAAGUUUAGUAUCCCCAUAUUGUCCAUAACUUUUGACAUGAAGGGGAAGCAACCAUCUUCUGUCUAAUCAGCAGAGAUACUUAUUUCUGGAUCUCUAAGUCAUUUGUUUAGCCCUGUGCAGUUGCUGGUAAGCAGUUAUAGUAAAGUUUCUGGGCAGUUCUUUCUACCAGAAUAUUCAAAUAAUCCAAGUAUUUGAAGGUGUGAAAUGGAAUGACUUCAUCUCUCACUCGUUCAGAUGGAUGCCAAGGUCAUGGUUACCGUUAGCUGGCCCAGGAGUGUGUCCUAUGGUGUACACAUUUGGGCUAAAUGACAAAGCUAGGUGAAAAUCCAGAAGUUCACAGAUGCCAGAGUUAGCUUUCCGUUAGGGAAAUGCUUACAAGAAACUGGACCAGGAUAAAGCAAAGACUAAGGGACAGAAAGAAAGUUUGAGUUGCAUUGUUGCCAUAUUCUGCAGAAUCAGACUUCGGCUUCUGUUCAGCUCUCUUUGGAGCUAAAAACUCCUCAAGUUCCUUCCUGAGAGACAAGAGCAAUUGCACAAACACUAUAAUCUCUGACGAUUUCCAGCAUGGUUCCAUCAAGGUUCUGGGACAAGCCUGCACGAUAAGAUUAUCUGUUUGGGUAUUUUAUGUAUGUGUGUAACCUUGUCACUUGGCUUUGCAACACUGAAAAUUCCCUAAAUAUCCACAGGAAACGAUAAUUCAGCAUUUGGCAGGUCAAGCCAAACGCCUUCCUUUAUUUUCUAUCCUUACCUCCUUCUUUGUCCCACAGUUUAGUUCAAUAAGUUUUAAGUGCCUAAAAUCUUUCUUGGUGAAUAAUGCUGGACCACUCUGAGAAUUUGUGGCUGAAAGCUGGACCCUUGUCAUCAGCACGCACUUUGUCACUGAGACAGGGUAACCCAUGGUUACUGAGCUCAGAUCAGUUAAGGGGCAGAGAGCCUCCCCUCCUCACUGCUCUAUAAAAGAGACCCAGCAAAGGGACCCUACCAGCUUCUAGCUCUCAGCCUGGGCGUAGUUUUGGGAAGCAAAUCCUGAGACCUCCAGAGCCCAGCCGACCAGCUGCAGAGGCAAGACCGGCAUGUCGCCUUCCUUCAAACUUCAAUGUCACUUCAUUCUCAUCUUGAUGGCUCUAAGAGGGGAGAGCCGGUACCUAGAGCUGCGGGAAGCUGCGGACCACGACCCUCUCCGGUUCCUGGGCGCCAACCUGAAGCGGGAGCUGGCGGGGGAGCCGCUGUACCGCCGCGCGCUGCGGUGCCUGGACAUGCUGAGCCUCCCGGGCCAGUUCACCUUCACCGCCGACCGGCCGCAGCUGCACUGCGCCGCCUUCCUCAUCGGCGAGCCCGAAGAGUUCGUCACCAUCCACUACGACCUGGUCUCCAUCGACUGCCAGGGCGGCGACUUCCUGAAGGUAUUUGAUGGUUGGAUUCUCAAGGGGGAGAAGUUCCCCAGUUCCCAGGAUCAUCCUCUCCCCACAACUGAGCGGUACAUAGAUUUUUGUGACAGUGGUCUUAGCCGAAGGAGCAUCAGAUCCUCCCAGAAUGUGGCCAUGAUCUUCUUCCGGGUUCGUCAACCAGGAAACGGAUUUACAGUAACCAUAAAGACAGAUCCCAACCUCUUUCCCUGCAAUGUCAUUUCCCAGACCCCAAAUGGAAGGUUUACGCUGGUAGUCCCGCACCUGCAUCGAAACUGCAGCUUCUCCAUAAUUUAUCCUGUGGUGAUCAAAAUAUCUGAUCUCACCCUGGGACACUUACAUGGUUUGCAGUCAAAGAACCCCUCAGCAGGUUGUGGGGGAAUAGGAGACUUUGUGGAGCUGUUGGGAGGAACUGGACUGGACCCUUCCAAGAUGAUGCCUUUGGCUGACCUCUGCUAUUCCUUUCACGGCCCUGAACUAUGACAACCAAAAACUACACCUGCAAAUUCCCAACCUGUCCCUAGAGGGCGGUACUGCCCCUGCUGAGAACACUAAGCUAGAGCAGAGGUUGCAUGGUAGACAGAUUGCCUUCACUGCAUUUACCGCAGAAGCCUCGAAGGUAGGAGAAUGUGAAAAAUGCAAAGAGACGUCUUAUUGCCUCUGUUAAAUAACAAAAAUUCAACUGAGUAGAUUUGAAAGAUCUCAUUGGCUUUACGAAAUAAUUCAUGAAUCGGGGAGCAUUCCAUCUAGCAAGUAGAGGGGUCCCCAAGGCAUUGUACAAAAUGGAAGGUUUUUAUAGAAGGGUAGGACAAGAAAUUUGGCAAGAGAAAAGGAUUGUUCCAGGCAGGUCACUUUCCCUGAGGGGGAAAAGCAAGGUGUCUUAUCCUGCAGAUUGCCUCAUAUUCCUUCGGGGGGAUGGAGAGGGCCCCUGUGGCAGAUUCCUUGACGUUGAUGGAAAAAUUCCUGACUGACUGGUUAAGGCUAUUUUUCUAGGGGAGGUUGAAAUUACAAUUAAAUUAGGUAUUCAGCCCCAGUUUGGGACCUUGGUCUCAGGGACGCCAUUUUGGGCCUGCGAUUUUCUUUUCAACUCCUCUUUCCAGCCAGUUUUAUUUGGCUAACAGUGUUUUUUUUUUUUUUUUGUU